AUGAAAGGCGAUCAGCUUCCACGCGUCCCGCACGCGCUUGGUGAAAGUGCAGCGAUGACCGAAGCCUCAGCAGUGUCAAUGAUGGUCCAUGAUGUGCUUACGCAGCACAACCAAGCGAUGAGUGACCGCUUGGAGACUUGGCUGCUCAACUUGGACCUACGACUACAGCAGAUCGCUGAUCAGGCGCAAAGCCACAACACGUUUGCAUCACGAGCAUCUCUGAUCGCCUUGUCAGGAGAUUGGAUGGGCAGAAAGGGUAGCGAUGCGGGACACUUCAUGCCACACUUGGCCAGCGUCGAGGAGGCAUCUGAUGAGGAGGGACGUUCCGUGCGCGUCGACUCCAGUGAGAACGUGGGCAGUGGUGAGCAUACAGGCGGACGGGACCACCGUGAACAGACUGAGCAGGAGGCAGCUCGAAAAAAGGCCUCCAUGGUGGUAGAGGCCUUCCACCUGGAGAAGAAAGAGCAAGAGCCUUCUGAGGAGCCCGAGGAGAUCAAAGGCUGUUGGAAGUAUUGCUGCUGGCUGGCGGCAAAAGUCCUCGCUUCCCAGGUGGCACAUCUUUUCUUCGCGCUGGUCGUGGUCUCAAACUCUGUAUUCUUGGGGGUGCAGCUUCAGUACCAGGCGGUGAACAGGGACUACGGAUCGAGCGAAGGGUUUCUGAUAUUGCAUCUGGUGUAUGCCAUCCUCUUCACGAUUGAGGUUUGCUUGCACCUGUUGGCGGAGGGCCUGCGGACAUAUAUCUGUGCCGAGGACUGGGCAUGGAACUGGCUCGACGUCUUUGUCGUGACUUCCUCCUGGGUGGAGCUGUUGAUAGACUUGACAAACUCCGAAGACAACACGAGCAGGGCGAACAGCAAUUUGCGGCUCAUGCGCUUACUCCGAGUGGGACGUUUAUUCCGCGUCGUGCGAAUCAUCCGGGUGGUCAAGUUUUUCCGCUCCCUGCGCACUUUGGUCCACUCGCUGGUGGGUACCCUGAGAUCCUUGGUAUGGGCCAUGAUCCUCCUCGGGUUGAUCAUAUACAUCUUUGGCAUUCUGCUGACCGACGCAGUGCUUGACGCUGUGAUCGAAGCACAAGAGUUGGAGACCCCUCUCCCGGAGAAUGCAAACGGGGAGAACGUGUCCCACUACUUUGGGACGUUGUAUUCCUCUACACUCACAUUGUUCAGAACGAUCUCGGAGGGUGUAACGUGGAAGAUUCCCGACGAUCUGCUGGUUGGCAUGAACUCCCUAGGUUGGUUCUGGGCCAACAUCUAUCGCUUCUACAUAGCUUUCUGCAGUUUUGCGGUAUUAAAUGUAAUGACUGGCGUGUUCUGCAACAGUGCUAUCAAAGCGGCAGAGAGCGAUCACGAAAUGGUCGUCCAGUCAUUGGUUCAGACGCGACAGGAGCUCAAGGAUCAAGUUGCGCAAUUGUUCUACCAGAUCGAUGAACGUGGUCAGGGUCAGAUCACUUUCACGGAAUUCGAGAAACUCUUUGAAGAAGAUGCAGUCAAGGCUUUUUUCGAAUCGCUCCAAAUCGGUGCCGUCGAUGCCUGGACCUUGUUCCAGAGCUUAGAUAUGGACGGGGACCAUACGAUCAGCGUGGAUGAGUUCACUGAGAGAUGUCUGCAGCUACAUGGCCCUGCUCGUUCAGCAGACCUUUACGCUCUGCGGCAAAGCAGUGCGAAGAUUGGCAAGCAGCUCCACGUAAUCGAAAAGGCACAGCAGCGACUAGACGCCCAACUUCUACGUGCAGGCAGCGCCUUGUCGACAACCCUCGGGGAACCGAGUAUUGAGACAGGGACAGCGAGCGAAACAAGCCAAGAACGCAGGCAUUUCCGUGUUUGA